CUCAGUUCCAUAAAAAAACUGCGCAGACGCGUUAUAGACAGUCAGAUAGCGCACUAGGAGGAAAUUCACCUACUGCUGUUGAGACCAGCACAUUUUCUUUAGGAUAUACCGAUCCCAGAGCCUUUCGACGAGCUUUUUUUCCCGACGGGGCGAAUAUGUCGACGCUGGGACCGGAGCCCCGUCCUCAUUCCCAGCUGCCUUCUGCCGCAUUACAGACGAACCUGAGCGGACUGGGCUCCAACACGAACCUGCCUCUCAACCGGGGCUUGGAGAGAGCUCUGGAGGAUGCGGCGAACUCUGGAUUUAUGAACCUCAGCUCAAGAAAACUGAAAGAAUUCCCUCGGACAGCAUCAAAUUACGACCUAACGGAUACGGUUGAAGCAGAUCUGUCGAAAAAUCGCUUGAUUGACAUCCCGUCAGAGGUGUGUCAUCUGGUCUCCCUGGAAACACUGAACCUUUAUCACAACUGCAUUAGAAACAUUCCUGAUACCAUCAUCAGCCUUCAGUCCCUUACCUGCUUAAACAUCAGCCGGAACCAGCUGUCAGUGCUGCCAGCGUGUGUGUGUGGUCUUCCUCUGCGAGUGCUCAACGCCAGCAAUAACAAACUCAACGCACUUCCAGAAAGCAUUGGCCAGCUCACCAAUCUCAUGGAGCUGGAUGUAAGCUGUAAUGAAAUCACAGCUCUUCCACGCCACAUUGGCCAACUUAAAGCUCUGAGGGAACUCAAUGUGCACCGAAACCUUCUCUGUGUCCUACCAGAGGAUUUGGCAGAUUUACCCCUGGUCAAGUUUGAUUUCUCCUGUAAUAAGGUUUCUACUAUUCCUGUCUGCUAUCGAAAAAUGACCCAGCUCCAAUCAUUACAGCUGGACAUCAAUCCUCUUCAGAGCCCUCCUGCACAGAUCUGCAUGAAGGGCAAGAUUCAUAUAUUUAAAUACCUCGCCAUGGAGGCAUGUCGUAGUGACAAGAUGGCCGAUGCCUUGUACCUUCCUGUCACAGACCGUCUCAGCUUGACAAGGCCCACCAAUGGGAGCACUGAGGACAUUGAUCAGCACAAGAAACUUGACAGUGACUCUGGAGUAGGCAGUGAUAAUGGAGACAAACGCCUUUCUGCUACAGAGCCUUCAGAUGAAGACAGUCUCAGCUUGAAUGUGCCCAUGACCAACAUCACAGAGGAGGAGGGCUUGAGCAAAGACGACUCCAGUGAACACAUCAGCGCCCUGACAGUAGACAGAAGUCCGUCGGAAUCUCUUAAGGAACGUCUGGGUUAUCGAGACUCUGCACUCAGCUCUCCGUUCGUCAACUAUAUCAAAGGUCGAGGUGCUGACUUCGAUGAGCCCCUCAGGAUAGAGGAAGACACCAACUGGGCUUCAGAACAAACGUCAAAGGUCAAUAUGAUCAAUCAGCUAAAGGAAGCUGUGGAGAUGCUGCAGGACCCUAACAGGGUUAAUAUGAACUCGGCUGAUCUUUCUGGUAUUAAGCUUUACCCUGUGGAAAUGGUUACAGUAGAUGAGUCACUCAAUGGCCAAGAGAGUGAUGAGAGUCAGGCCACACCUCAGGCGGCUCCCGGAGAAUGCUGGGAGUUCCAGAGGAAGAGAAAGUACAUUCUAGAACGAGCCCGGCUCGAGGCCCAGCUCGCAUGCCAACAGUAUGCCCUGCACAUGGCACAACAGGGCGACGUGAUUGGCCAGGAAAGAUCAGGUGAUAGUUUUGAGAGCCAAGUUACCAAGAAUGAAGACAAAACCCCAGUUUCCAGCCCCACACUGAGCUCACCUCCCUUUGGUCUGAAGCCCAGAUCAGCUUCACCCUCUGUGCUAUGCUCGACUCCGCCCUGUCCCCUCCCACUUACACAGGCCCUGCCCACCGAUAGAGACACGCCCCCUAGCCCAGCUGAAGGAGACAUGCCAAGCAGUGUGUUUUUCAGGACCCACAAGACUUUGGAGUCAGUGGAUCCUCAGUUCACCAUGAGGAGAAAGAUGGAGCAGCUCAGAGAGGAGCUGGAGCUCAUAGAGCAACUACGAGAGAGUAUUGAGAGCAGACUGAAAGUAGUUCUUCCUGAAGAUCUGGGCUCGUCUCUCAUGGAUGGGGUCGUGCUUUGUCACCUAGUCAAUCACAUUCAGCCGCGUUCAGUGGCCAGUAUCCAUGUACCAUCCCCUGCAGUGCCCAAGCUUAGCAUGGCUAAAUGUCGCAGAAACGUUGAAAACUUUUUGGACGCCUGCAGGAAAAUGGGAGUCCCUCAGUCCUCUCUCUGUUCGGCUUAUGACGUUCUGCAGUGUAACCUGCGUCCGCUCUGGGCCGUGGUCGCGGCCUUGCUCAUGGUGGAGAGCACAGGAACAAGGCAGAAGGAAGGAAAGGUGGAGAGUGGCAGGGAGAGAGAGACAGAGGUCAAGAAGCUUAUCCCCGAGUCCACUCAGACUCCACCUCCUUCCUGGCAAAUAUGGGAUCUGAUUGGCUCAAGUCUGCUGCACGUUUUCUGUCUGGUGAUGCUGUUUGUGGCCUACAGCUGGAGCGAAUUUAAAUAACAUACAUGCACUAAAAACACAAAUAACACAUCAUAUCAUUUAUUGGUCCUGGAAAGCACAUUGGACAGUUUCUGAUGGCCACACUUAAGAAAGUCUGUCUUAAAAUAGACACUGCCUGUUUUUUGAAGGAGCAAAUUUGAAUUUGUUAAAACGGUAUCACUUUACAAUAAGGAUCCAUUAGUUAACAUUAGUUAAUAUAUUAACUAAAAAUGAGCAAUACAUUUGUUACAGUAUUUAUUAAUCUUUGUUAAUGUUCAUUAAUGUUUAUUCAUAUUAGUUCACAGUCCAUUAACUAAUGUUAGCAAACACAACUCUUGAUUUUAAUAAUGUAUUAGUAAAUGUUGAAAUUAACAUUAACUAAGAUUAAUAAAUGCUGUAGAAGUAUUGUUCAUUCUUAAUCUAUGUUAACUAAAGUAGUUAACUAAUGUUAACUAAUGAACCUUAUUGUAAAGUGUUACCGUAAAAAAAAACAAAUGCAAAAAACAGGUUUGUGAUGGAUAGUUUCAUACGUUUAACCAACGCUUACAUCUUAACUUUGCUAUGGUGAAACCAAACAUAACACAAUACAUUUUUGUAAGAACAACAUGUGCUCUUUAAUAUAGGAACUUGAUGUUUUCAUGUUUGAGGAAGUAUUAUUUAUUAGUUGGUGAAUAUAAUAUUUAUUAGUCUUUGCAAAAUGCUAAAGAAACCAUCUUUAAACAGACGUUUUACAAACAUGUACGCGGAAGGUGCACUGAGCACUUUAAUAAGGAAUGAAAAAUGGCCACGUUCUCACUCACUUUCACCUCUUUCUGAAUCCCGUUGCAGAAAGUUGAAUUUCAGCAGUCAUGACGCUGAUAUUUUGUUGGUCAUCUUGAAAAAUGCACAUAUAAACAAUAUAAGUGGUAUAGUUACUAGCAUCUGCAUGACAAAACUAAAAUAAUAGAAAUGGAUACGGAGGUCUUGCCUCAUGCCAAUCAUGCCGGCGACCAGCAAUGUAUCGACAGGAAUCAAGCGCACAUUUAGUCUACUUCAAAAAAUAAAAAACAAUUUACAGAUGAUAAUAUGAGAACACUUGAGUAAGUGAAGGCCCAGAUGUCAUUAAAGCAAAACGAUAGCUUUGCUUUGCACAGAAGUCUUGUAUGGUGAGGUUAAAUCUAUGAUUAAAAAUAUUAAUCAUUAGCAUAAGGGCUAAUUAAUCUGAUGGAUGUUAAAAGCAGCAACUUUUGGUUAACAGUGUAUUUAAAGAUCAGCAGUCAAGGACUGAUCUUUUCAAGUUGAUGUGUUAUUGAAAAUUAUUAAAUAUCCUGCACAGUCAUAAAUGAUUACAGUGUUAUUUUAUCCAAAACUCCAUCAAUAGCAUUUUUUUUAUUCUCUUUACGAGAGAUCAGAAUAGGACUAAUGAAUCGUUUCUUUAAUUUCCUGUUCAUUAGAAAAACAAAAUGGCAUACGGUGUGAAGCAAACCUAUUUUUUAAUUAAUGUAGUGAGCAUCAUUCCACAGAGAUGUGACUAAUCCAAACCAAACAAUGAGGAAUAAUGGGGUCUUCAUGAAGAUUUUCUUCAUGUAUUCUAUCAGUGAUCUGUAAUAAAGGGCUGAAGCAGGUUUUUAAAUUAUGAAAUAUCAGAUUAACACAAUUUGUAUGAGUUCAGUAAUUGAGUAAUCAGUGUAGUGGUUGUAUGUAAUUAACUGCUUUGAAGGUCUGAUUCUUGAUUCUAAUUGGUCUCUUCUAAUUGGAUCCUCCGAUUCUAUUUUAGGUUCUGAUCUUUAUCUCACAUAAUAGACUGACCUUGUUCAUCUCAUCACAGAUAAAAGGAACCAUUAAAAGGAGUUAGUAAAUGAACAGACAGUGAUGUCACCAAGGCCUCUUGACAUCAUUUCCUCAAAAUACAAAAUACUUUGAACCUUAUCUGUGCGAUCACAUCUGUUAUAAUUGGCUCUGCUUUCAUCAUCCAGUUUGCUAAAAAUAAAAUGCAAUAUUGACUCUUCAGGACCUUUUGUUUGGUAUAAUUUCCCAGUUAUUUCCUCAUUUCUCAAAAAGCUACCAAAUGCAAAAAGUGUUUGUAUUACUUUAAAGGCUUAAAUGAGACUGCAUGGGUUGCUCUGACAGUUCAGCUGCUUCUGUUUGUUCAGCUCUAGACUCUUUGACUCCUCUCAGUGUUGAAUUAUGUGCAGUGCUGCUGCUGCUGCUGCUAAUGGACUUUGUACGGCAUUGUGGUUUUUACGACCCUGUAUAUGAAAAGGAAUAAAUGUACAGUUUGGGUUGUU